UUUGCGGCUCCCCGGCGGAGGCUGGCGCGGCGCGGCGCGGCGUGGGUUUCCCAGCCGGCGAGGUUAGGCCGCGGCACGCCGGAAGUGGCGGCUGGAGCGGGAGAGCUGAGGUGUCGCCGGCGGGGUAGCGGCCGGGACGGACGGGCGGCUGGGGGCGUCCGUCAUGUUUCUCUUCGGGCCGGGCAGCCCGGGAGCGGACAGGGCGGCCGGGGUCGGGCCAGAGGAGCCGGCCUCCUUCCGGGGCCCGACCGCGGCCGGCAGCCCGCUGGCUCCCCCGCCCGCGCCGCCGCCGCCCGGGACCGCCGCGGCCUCCGCCCCGCCGCCCGCCGCGGAGCCGGGGGAGCCCGUCACGGCGCAGGGGGACCUGUCACCGCCCAGCUCGCCGGCCGGGCGGCCCGGGCCCGGGGUCCGCGCGGGGCAGCGGGGGCGGCGCGGCGGCGGGGCCCGCCUGCUCGGGUGGCUGCGGGAGCGCAGCCUGGGCCGCGGGCUGUUCGUGGACCCGGCGCGGGACAACUUCCGCACCAUGACGAACCUGUACGGCUCCAUCCACGCCGCCGACUCCGUGUAUCUCAGCACCCGCACCCACGGCGCCGUGUUCAACCUCGAGUACUCGCCCGACGGGUCAGUGCUGACAGUUGCCUGUGAGCAGACUGAAGUUUUGCUUUUUGACCCUAUAUCUUCAAAGCACAUAAAAACACUUUCUGAGGCUCAUGAAGACUGUGUAAAUAAUAUCAGAUUUCUUGAUAACCGGCUGUUCGCUACCUGCUCUGACGAUACUACAAUAGCACUAUGGGAUCUGAGAAAAUUGAACACCAAAGUGUGCACUUUGCAUGGUCACACUAGCUGGGUCAAGAACAUCGAAUAUGAUACUAAUACAAGACUCUUAGUAACAUCAGGAUUUGAUGGAAAUGUCAUUAUUUGGGAUACCAACAGGUGUACAGAAGAUGGAUGUCCACACAAGAAAUUCUUUCACACGCGUUUUCUCAUGCGAAUGAGAUUAACACCAGAUUGUUCUAAAAUGUUGAUCUCAACAUCCUCUGGAUAUCUCUUGAUUUUACAUGAUCUUGACUUAACCAAGUCUUUAGAAGUAGGCAGCUAUCCCAUUUUGAGAGCAAGAAGGACAACAUCAAGUUCAGAUCUGACAACUUCAUCAAGUUCAUCUGGUCCCAGAGUUUCUGGUUCACCUUGUCAUCAUGGUGAUUCUAAUUCAUCGUCUGAAAAACACAUGUCACGAGCCGCACAAAGAGAAGGAGUUUCACCUCGAAACAGUCUUGAAGUCUUAACCCCUGAAGUUCCUGGUGAGAGAGACCGUGGAAACUGUAUCACAUCCUUACAGCUGCACCCAAAAGGCUGGGCCACUCUUCUUCGAUGUUCAAGCAAUACUGAUGAUCAGGAGUGGACUUGCGUCUAUGAAUUCCAAGAAGGAGCUCCCGUUCGACCUGUUUCGCCUCGAUGUUCUCUACGACUGACUCAUUUUAUUGAAGAAGCCAAUGUAGGCAGGGGUUACAUCAAAGAGCUUUGCUUCAGCCCUGAUGGGCGAAUGAUCUCUUCCCCACAUGGCUACGGGAUUCGCUUAUUGGGAUUCGACAAACAAUGCAGUGAGCUUAUUGACUGUCUGCCCAAAGAAGCCAGUCCCCUUCGGGUGAUCCGUUCUUUGUACUCUCAUAACGAUGUGGUACUGACAACAAAGUUCUCUCCAACACAUUGUCAGAUUGCCUCAGGCUGCCUUAGUGGACGGGUUUCUUUGUAUCAGCCAAAGUUUUAGGCACAACGUACAUCAAAUAAGGAACUCUUGUGGUGUUUGACUUAUAAAUUACUUCAAUUUAGGUGAAGUAUUUUCUUUUUAGAAGAUCUUAUAAGUCUGGGUCAAGAUCCUGGUUUGUAUGGGUCCAUGAACACACCUGUGGCCUGACACGUGGUCGUCCAGAAUCCUGGGGGCGUCUCCGAGUCUGACUGCGCGGCGUUCCUCUGCUCCUGCUGACCUGUGCCACUGAGCCUGGCUCCUCUGGUUACUUGGCAUGGUGGCUCUUGUCUGGGUUCUCUCUUUCCUUCUCUUUUUAACUAUCAAUUUUAUUUUAUGUGAAAUCUAUGGACAUUUGACAGGAGUUUAGGUUGGGGAAAAUCCAUGACAUAGUAUUAAAUAAAAGCCAGAAGUUUGCUUUUGGCAUAUCCCUUAUUGAAAAAGAAUUUUCACCUUCACUUAU